CCCCCUCUCUCCUCCCCCUACCUCCAUGUGCGUGUAUGCAGAGAGCUAGAGAAAGCUGGCAGCACUACCUGAAUAGCUAUUGAAAGAGUGAGACUUCUCAGUUCCUGCUUCAUUACUGGGUAGCAGCUAUUCCGGUGUGUGAGAGCACCUAACUGCAUUCUCCCAUCGAAAAGCCCUUGGCUGGAAGGAUUCUCAAGGGAAAGAGGAACAGUCUGGAAAAAACAAGACUGAAAAGACAGCAAAUCCUCUUGCAAUCGGGGCAUCUGGAUUUUGUAGAGUGGAAAUCUGGAGUUCAUCAGUGCCUCAGCAGAUUCACAGACCAACACCUUGAAGGCAACAAGCAACCACUGAACAUGUUUGGGCUAGAUUGAUUUCCAUCAACUGAAGAUCUCACCUCAGGUUUCAUUUUCCUUCACCAAUACUUCAAGGCACAGAGGAGCUGGUAAAGGCAUUGCCAUGAAACCUAACUUGAAGCAAUGGAAACAACUCAUGCUGUUUGGCAUCUUUGCAUGGGGUCUGCUUUUUCUGGUGAUUUUCAUCUAUUUUACAGAUAGCAACACUGCUGAACCAGUUCCUAGUUCCUUUUCUUACACUGAAACUAAGAGGCUUCUGCCCCUUCAGGGCAAGCAGAGAGUCAUCAUGGGAGCCAUACAUGAUCCAUCAUUCUCUGAAACCAUUGAUGGGAAUGAGGUGCUGCUUAAUGAAGAUCUCUUAGGUUCAUUUAAAUCGGGGACUGGAAGUAUUAAGAAAUGGACUGAUUUGGAAGAUGCCUUUAGAAAUGAAGAUGAGUUUUUUCCAUCCCAGAUAGGAAGAAAAUCCAAAAGUGCUUUCUACCAAGUGAAUGAUGAUUAUUUAUUUGCUGCUGGUCAGCCUCGACUGCACAACCACCUGCAAGAGAUGGCAAAAUUCAUCUCAACUGAUGAGGAUAAUCCAAAAGCAAAUAUUUUACAGAACAACUGGAGCCAUCAGAGAAGAAUGAAGAGAAGGAGCACAAAGCACAGGAGAAGCCAGAUGCUUGAUGAAUCCGAUGACUGGGAUGGGUUAUAUUCCACAAUGUCGAAAUCCUUUCUUUACAAGCUUUGGAAAGGGGAUGUCUCUUCCAAGAUGUUAAACCCUCGACUGCAGAAGGCGAUGAAAGAUUAUUUGAGCACCAAUAAGCAUGGGGUGCGGUUCAAGGGGAAACGAAACUCCAAAUUGACAGGAGACCAGCUAUUCUGUGAGCUAAAAGAAAGGGUGAAUGUGAAAACAAUAGAUGGCAAGGAAGCUCCUUUCUCCACUCUUGGAUGGGAAAAGCACGUUCCCCAAAUUCCACUGGGCAAAUUGUAUACACAUGGCUUUGGGAGCUGCGCUGUCGUUAUGUCUGCUGGUGCAAUACUGAAUUCCUCUCUAGGGGAUGAAAUAGAUUCUCACGAUGCUGUUCUAAGAUUUAAUUCUGCUCCAACACGUGGCUAUGAAAAAGAUGUUGGAAAUAAAACGACCAUGCGGAUCAUUAACUCUCAGAUUCUCACCAAUCCAAACCACCACUUUGUCGACAGCUCCUUGUACAAAGAUGUUAUCUUAGUAGCCUGGGACCCUGCCCCCUACUCUGCAAAUUUGAAUGUGUGGUAUAAGAAGCCAGACUACAAUCUGUUCACUCCCUACGUACAGCAUCGCAGGAAGAAUCCAAACCAACCGUUUUACAUUCUCCAUCCAAAGUUUAUAUGGCAGCUCUGGGACAUCAUUCAAGAGAACACUAAAGAGAAAAUACAGCCCAACCCUCCUUCUUCAGGUUUUAUUGGUAUCCUCAUCAUGAUGUCCAUGUGUAACGAGGUGCACGUGUACGAAUACAUCCCUUCUGUCCGACAGACCGACCUGUGUCACUACCAUGAACUCUACUACGAUGCAGCGUGUACCUUAGGGGCCUACCACCCACUGCUCUACGAGAAGCUGCUGGUGCAGAGGAUGAACAAAGGUUUGCAGGAUGAUCUGUAUCGGAAGGGGAAAGUCAUUUUGCCAGGGUUCAAAGCUGUCAAGUGCCCCAAAAGAAAUAACUUCCCACACUUGUAGAAGAGAGUCCUUCAGAAACAAUGUGCAAUAAGGUACUACUGUCGUACUAUAAACAAGAAACGAAUACUUGAAAAAUGUAUCUUAGACCAAUCUAGUCUUGAGUCUAUAAAUUGUAAUUAAGUAGCAGGCAUGAGAAAUACUUCUUUUCUAAGCCUGAGUAUUUAUUACUGCUUUGCAAAUAGUUAAAAUAAAAAGGCUUAGUUCAUGAAAGGUGCAGAGGACAUACUUAGGCAGAAAUAUAAUGUAUUGUUGUGGGCGUGACUGUCAGAAUUUGUCGGUGGUCUCUUAUGCCACAUAUGUUAGGCUGUAAUUUUUUUUAAUGAACUUAUUUAACUGUCAAACCUGGCAUUGUGAAACAGCCUCUAUUGUUCAUGUACAGAGCGGCCAGUUGAACAAUGCAGCAUUUCCCAUGGCUCCAUGGGAUUUUCACACUCUCCAAGAAUGCAGUAAUCAUUACUCCGAGCUGUGCAGUCAUUGACUAGGCUAGAUGUUAAUUCCCAUUCAUACAAAGGUUCAGUUACAGGCCUGGAACUGUGCAGGGGGCCUUAUGGUGGCUACAAAAUCAGUGCAGAUGGAGGUGGCUGUACACACGGCCAAACCAGUUAAACUACUGGAUGUGCUUCUGAUGCCAGACCCCUCACACUGACUGCGUAGGGCAGAGGGAAAAGAGAAAUGUCUCAUUUCUUUAGAGAACAACAAAUAUACUCGUAACCCAUUCAGAAAAAAAACCCAACACAACUCUCCCUGGGAGGCCUAUUGAGAGGGUGUGAGGUGGAAACGAUGCCUUCCCCUGGUCUGCACAGAUGAAGAAUAUCCAGAGAAAGCCAAAGGAGGCUGUGCAGCACUCGCACAUCACACUGAAAGCAAGCAUAGAGGGAGUUCACCUUUCUGAAGCAAAGAUAGCGUGUAGGAUGACAGACAUCAUUUGUCAGGUAUUUCAUUGGGAUCCAAAUCAAACUCACUUGUUCACAAGUUACUGCUGUUAAGAGAGUAUAGGGAGUUUUCUGACAAAAGAGGAUAUCAGCAUUUUUUAUGUAAUGUUUGAAAGACUAUACUCCAGAGAAGCUCUAAUGCCAGCAAAAAAAUAGCUACGGAUUGCAUAUGGAGAUAAUUUGAUAUUUUUCUUCAUAACACAGAAUGAGAAUAUUCUCUAAGGCACUUCUAAAAAUCUGCCUGGUUGCUAACACAUUUAAAGCAUUAUUUUUCAUGGCAAUACUUGAGUUUCAGAUUUUCCAAGUGGCAGGAGGUUAGUGUUUUGCCUUUUUUUUCACACAACUGUACCCUUUUUCUUAGGGUAAGUUCAGUAGGAACGUAUGUACACAAAAGCAGCUAUGUCCUUCUCAUGUCUGUUCAGCGAAAAGGCAGACAGCUUGAAGAGGCACUGGAAAGAAUUCAUGAAUGAUUGUGAUGGAAAUUAUUUUUUGUGUUUUGUCUUAAACAACAGAAAGACAAUUGCAGAGUGCACACAAUAGUAAUGACUAUUUUCUCUUCAAUAGUAAUGUAAGUAUAAUCACAGAAUCCUUUUUCUGUCACUCUGCUCUUUGGGUCUGAUGAUUUUCCUUCCUCAAAAGUGAAGAAUAUGUGUCUUAAUAGGACAUAGCCUUCUCUUCCCAUGUAGUCUCUUAAUUUGUGUUUUAUGAUCCUCUUAAGAUUCCUUUUCUUAACAGAAAGUAUAUCCAGAUGAUCUAAAAACUGUACUUCUGUAUUAUGUGGACAGUUAUGUCCAUAAAUCAAAAUGAAUAGGUUUUAAUCAUACUAGCCUUAGACUCUGGAUAUAUUACAUACUGAUUUCUUUUUAAUGUUAUGUAUGGCAGCAACAUUUAUUCUUAAAGUUAAUAACACUGUUGUUUAAUCUUGUGGAGAAUAGAUAACUUACAUAGAACUAAUCUAUUUUUCCAUAUGUUUGGUACCUUGUUUGCAAAACGUAUGAAGUUUGAACAGUGCAAUCAAACAUGUCUCUCCUUCCUCUAUGCUGGUUUAGCUACCACAUGUUUGUAAAGGAAGGAAGCUGAUUAGCUUUCUAGGACUAGUGAAUAUGUUAUUUUUCCAUAAGCUGGAAAUUCUCUAGUUCUGACAAGAAAAAAAAAAAAAAAAAGCAUAUCACUUUGACUGGUCUGCAGCCACUAACCUUUAACUUUGAUUUUCAUGAAGAAGAAAAAUACUAACUGUAUUACUCAACUACCCAGAGCAGGAUUAUGUUGUAUUUUUCCCUCAGUACUUUGUCAGAAUAAUCAACAUAGCUGUUGUACAGAACAAGGCAAAUGAUAAAGUUUCAUGCAACAAGUGCUAAGCAUAACUACUUAAUACAUCAUUUAAAUAACAAUGCAGAACCAGGUCUAAGAUGUCAUAAAAUUAACUGUAUGUUUUUAAUAUACUGGACUGUGCACAUUCAAGUCCUCCCAGCAGAAUUUUUUUCUUUGCUGUAUCCUGAUGCCUAAGGCAGUCACUGCUCCUUCUGCAAGUGCAAAUGUGGGUGCUGUAGCACCAUCACCUCAGAAGAUGUCACAAAGCUGUGCUGCAAACGCUUGCUUUCUCAGAGGAGGACCAACUUGUGAUGCCCACCUUUUUGAAAAAAUAAGGAUCUCCUUGUGUGGCUUCUCAGCACUGGUUUCCACUGUGAUGUUUCACUGAUCAGCCUGCUCAAACACCUUGUGGCUGCUUAAAGAGAUUUUACUCAAUUACCUUGUCAUGUCCUCCUUCGCUUUUUGGCACAAGUGUGCCUGAUCUGAGGGCUCACCUCCACUUGCUGCAAGAGGGCAAGGGACAGAAAUAACGGGGGAACAUAAAGGACCUGCAGAGGUGCUCCCCUGACCACUGCUUACACUCUGUGGCAUUGGUGUUGGUGGCUUUUAUAAGAGCCCACCAAGUACUUUUGUGUUUAUGGACGUUUCCCCAUCCCUCGCAAGGGCAGAGAGAUUGUUACCAAGAAUCACAUUCAGUAAAUGUGUGUGGUAACACUGACCUGUGUAUCUUUUAUUAAUAAUAAUAACAGCACAUGAGAGUGCUGGUUUUAGAUACAUUUAUUAAAUGCAGACAAUGUGAAAGGAAAUGCAUUUUCCCACCCAGAUCCUGAGUUGUUAUUAGGAAAAAGAUACAGGCAUGGCUUCAUAGCUCUCCCGUGUGGCUGUCACACUCUAAAAGAGUGGGAAUGGCACUGUAGAUGAGACGUUUUCCCAAACCCAGCUCUUGAAGUGCAUCAUCAGCCAAGUAAAUGCCUCCACUAGUGGACCUCUGAGCUCCCUUCACAUUCAUUGCAGUGAUGGAGGUUUUAAAUUUAUGGAGUUUUACUGACAAGUAGGAGUAAGUUGCCUUCAAAAGCUAUUGAGCUUAAUUUCUGUGCCCUGGUGCUGUGGACAACAGUUGCACUUUGCUGAAACAAACCAGAAAUGCAGCAGCAGAUUAAGGGAACGUGCUGAGUUUAUGCUGAAUUUCAUUACACUCUUUUUUCCACUGUGAAUUCUGUAGCUUUUCUGACUUGUGGUGCUCUAUCAUUUUAUACAUUCAUCCUUUGGAUGGUUAAAUCAAGGUAUUCUGUUUAUUCAAGAAAAAAACAAAUGGAAUAUUUUGCCUCAUUUUGAGCCAAAAUAUUUUUUUGCUUAAAAAGUAUUAAUUGUUCCAUUACUUUAUAGUUCUAAAGCUCACCUGAGCAUAAACUCACAGCUCAGUCAGGCAUUCCUUGGAUUAAACUACUACAUCUUGUUUUUUACCUUGCUGUGCAGUUUUAUACUUUUGAAACUCUGGUGAUUACAAUGAUAUAAGAAAUAUUUACCUUUGGAGAGAGAGAGGGCGUGGUUUACACACUCUAAUUUACACUCUCUCUUUACAAAUUUAGCUAAAUCAUUGCAUGCCUUUCGUCAGGACACUUUCUUUGGUGAGAACACCCAAAUUCUGAACUUGUUGCUGUAGAUCUCUUGCCAAAGUCAGCAAAACCAAGACAUUUUUUUUCUCUUAAAUGAAGACAAGUGUCUACACUCAGUGGUUGCGCAGACAGAACAGUCAUUUUAGAGAUGGAUUGAAUUAAACAGGGUUUCAAAAAACAUGUAGACCAAGCCAAUCCAUAGUGAGGUUUUUCUUUUUCAUUUCCUUUUUCUUCAGCAGUUUCUAAGGAUGGAAAAUGUCAUUUGGGCAGUGACACAGAUCUACCGUGAAAGGAAUAUUAGAUGCAUUGACUGCAAAAAUAAAUGGCUACUAUUUUUCCCUUUAUGCUCUCUGAAGUUGAUGCAUGUUGAAUAAAUGAAAUUGUUUUUUGAAGUAGGUAAUGCAGAAGACUGUCAUUAGAAAGGAUCUGGAGCUUUUCUGGGAGCUUUCCUCUCUCUCACAAGGAGGGUAACUUGAUUUAGAUAUUUCAAAUGUAAAGCAGCCCGUGUCUGGGCAUACCUGCAUCAUUGAAUUAAUUUUGACACUGCAAAUUUCUUCUCUCUGGCUUAGUGAUCAGGUUCAGAGUUUUGUUUUAGAAAUAAGAGUUGUGUGUAAAAGCCUUACAUUUAUCCGUAUCAUCUCAUCACUCUUAUAAUAUGUAGUCAAUGGAACUAUACAAAUAUAGACUGUGUACUUUUUUAAUAGCUUUGAAAAUUAUUUUGUAUGAUGAUUUUUUUAAAUGAAUGUGUACUCUAAUAACAAACCUUAAGAUUUUACAGGAGUCACAUUUUUAAGCAGUGUUUGUAUACAUUUUGACACUUUUUAUAUUUUCUAUUAUGAUUUUGUAUAUUUUUAUGUAUGCACAGUGUACAGAUUUUUUCCUGUAAAUAAAACAUUUGUUUUCGUUUG